AUGUCCUCCGAAACCACCUGCCCCGUGUGCGCCGACACCGCCCGCUACAGCUGCUUCGAGGAUAAACAUGUCAUAGCAUGCAGCACCUGCGCUACCUGUUACUCGCCCAAGAAGCACACGCGCUGUCUGUGGUGUAAUGAUACUGAUGAACCCGACUGGGACCAUGAGGCCUGGAUGGAGUGGUAUCAGGAACAGGCGAAGGACAGCAACGAUCCGGAGGUUGCGCGGGUUUUGGAAAGGAUGGGUGGUAUAGACAUCAAGGGUGGGGUGAAGAAGAAGGACAUAAACCAGCUUGUUGAGGGGAUGGGGGGAACGAAGAUUGAUGAUAAAAAGAAGUAA